AUGGCUCCACCUGGCCGUCGACGCGGCGGCAGCGUACCCUCCCUCCUAUAUCUACUGUCAACAAUUGUCCUCUCAGCUCUUAUUGCGUCGUUCCCCAGUACAGCUUCUGCAGCCGGUACAGGCGUGAUAGGAAUCGAUCUUGGAACCGAAUAUAUAAAGGCCGCCGUCGUGAAGCCCGGUGUUCCGCUGGAAAUUGUCUUGACCAAGGACUCGAAACGAAAGGAGUUAUCCGCAGUAGCUUUCAAGCCUGCGCGGGAAAAGGGACCAGCUUUUCCUGAAAGAUUUUAUGGCAGUGACGCUAUUGCGCUUGCGCCCCGGUUUCCUGAGGAUGUCUAUCCUAAUCUAAAGUCCCUCUUGGGUGUUCCAUUUGAGACUGGCAUUCAAGGCUCGGAUGGCGGUGAACAAAAUAUGGUGGCUUUGUACAAGGAACGGUACCCGAGAGUCAAACUCGAACCCGCUGCCGAUGGUCGGGGAACUGUGGGCAUUACGAGUAAACGGCUAGGCAAACCACCAUUCCUUGUCGAGGAAUUGUUGGCAAUGCAGUUGAAACAGAUUAAAGCCAACGCGGAGGAGACAGGCGCUCAGCGCACAAAUCUCGAAGACGCCGUCAUCACCGUUCCUCCAUUCUUCUCCGCCGAAGAGAAGCGUAGCGUACAGCUUGCCGCGGAACUGGCUGGGCUGAACGUCCUUUCUUUGCUGAGCGAUGGGGUCUCUGUCGCUUUGAAUUAUGCAACCAGCCGUAAAUUUCCGAACAUAACUAACGGCGAAAAACCCGAACAUCAUAUUGUGUUUGACAUGGGAGCCGGAUCCACCAGUGCAACUGUUCUCAAAUUCCAGAGCCGUACCGUUAAAGACUUUGGCAAAUAUACCAGAAAUCUACAGGAGGUUCAUGCCGUUGGAGUUGGCUGGGAUAAAACGCUUGGUGGAGACGCUCUGAAUCAAUUGAUCGUCAAUGAUAUGGUUGCAAAGCUAGCUGAGUCCAAGACCUUUAAAAAUAGGGCCACUCCGGAGCAAAUCAAAGCUCACGGAAAGACUAUGGCAAAACUCUGGAAAGAAUCAGAAAGACUCCGGCAAAUUUUGAGUGCAAAUACUGAGACCGCUGCUUCGUUUGAAGGCCUGUACGAGGACGAUGUUAACUUCAAAUACACCAUCACGAGGGCCACUUUUGAGGACCUGGCCAAGAGCCACGCGGACCGCAUUUCAAAACCACUCACAGACGCCCUUGAAAUGGCCAAGCUUAGCUUGGAUGACGUUGAAUCGAUUAUUCUCCAUGGAGGUGUCAUUCGAACUCCUUUUGUCCAGAAACAGAUAGAACAGUUUUGCAACGGUGCAAAUAAAAUCAGGACAAACGUCAAUGCGGAUGAAGCAGCCGCUCUUGGGGCAGGCUUUAGAGGCGCAGCUUUGAGCCGUGCCUUUAGAGUGAAAGAUAUCAAAACUUAUGAUAUCCCAGGAUACAGCGCCUCCAUUAGAUAUGUAACCGGAGAAAAUGUAACCAUUUGGUUCGGCAUGCACCUGAAUCCGGUAAAUGCCGUUCCAGAGAUCACCCGCGGAUCGGCGAGCUGUGAAGUAGAGGAAGAGGUCAAGAAAAGCGUUGUCGAUAAAGCCAAAGAAUUUUUGGGCUUCGAUUCGAAGAAAGGCCAACAACCUCUCAAGGAUGAUUCUAGCAAAGACCAGGCCAGCGAAUCCAGUGAAUCAAGUGCUAGCCAAGCCUCCUCAGCGACACCAUCAACUGAAGACGCGACUUCCUCGACUCUAUCUUCUAGUACAGACUCUGCUGCUGAGCAAGCAUCUCCACCGGCGAAACCCUGGACAACCCGAAGUAGAGCCCGCGCAACCCGCGAAAUUUCCGGGUCGAGAGCUCAAUCAUUGCCGUCGCCGGAGGAAAUGCUUCGGAUUAAAGCCCGCUUGAGAGCAUUCGAUGCUUCUGACUCUGCUCGCGUUCAGCGAGAGGAGGCCUUGAAUAGUCUGGAGGCCUUCAUUUAUCGUGCGCGAGAAUUGCUUGAUGACACGGAAUUCGGAGGAGCGAUUGGCAAGAUAGCAAUGGAGAAGCUGACCCAGAGCCUCCCUGAGGUAGCUGACUGGCUCUAUGGAGAAGGAUCAGACGCUUCAACGAAAGAAUUGAAGGCAAAGCUUGACAGCCUAAAAGCGCUCGUCGAUCCGGCUUUGAACCGAAAGACCGAAAAUGCGAUGCGACCAUCCAAAAUCGAAAGUCUAAAGCAAAGCCUCAAAAGUGCGAAGACUUUCGUGGAAGCCAUGGAGAAGCAGAUCAAGGCAGAGGAAAGUGCCUUCUCUGCAUCUUCGUCAAAGGCUACUUCGUCGUCAUCGAGUGAAUCUUCCAGCGCUUCCUCUGCCAGCGAUUCCUCAGCUUCGACUACUUCCAGCUCGACAUCAUCCGAACCCACCCCAUCCUAUUCCAUGUAUUCUCCUAUCGACGUAACCACACUCUCCGAGAUUCACGACAAAAUCGAAACCUGGCUUAAUGAAAAACUGAAGCUCCAGGAGAAACUGGCAGAGUCCGAUGAUCCUGCGAUCACAGUCGCAGACAUGGAAGCCAAAGGCGCAGAAUUGCAGCGGACAUUGAAUAAAGUUGUGGAGCAGAUUGCUCGAAAGUCCAAGCCUGGAAAUGGAAAUGGCAAGAAACAGGGGAAAAAGAACGGAGGAAGUAAGGAUGACAAGGGCAAAGAGAAGGACAAAUCGAAGGUAAAGCCCAAGGCCGAUAAAGAGAAGAAAGAGAAGAAAGAGACGAACAAGGGCAGCGACAAGAAAACAGCGUCAUCUAGCAUGAAAGAUGAAUUGUAA